AUGACAAAGAAAUUCACAGCUAGUGAUGAAGUAUGGGAGGAUUAUUUUAAGUCUCACCCUAAACAUGAACAUUAUCGGACUGAUACUUUUGAGGAUUAUGAAGACUUAAGACUUGUAGUUGGGAAUGGAACUGCUACAGGAAAAUAUGUAAUUGGACUUGGAGAUGACACUGAUGCGAGAACCUUUGAAACAGAAGAAAAUGGGGGUACUAACUUAUUAGAUGAUUACGUGUUUGAUCACAACAGUGGUGAAUUCAUACAAAGCAAUAGGCAAGAAUCUUCAUAUCAGCCUAUAUUUUCUGAGGACCUUGCUUCACCAUUACCAUCUCAACCUAUGAGUUCUGAGGUUCCACAAGCAACUAGAAAACGAGAUAGGAGCAAAUUUGAAGCAAAAUCAAGCACUUCAAAGAAUAUAGACCCAGAUGUUUUAAAUAGGCUCUCUUACACCAUUGAGAAAGCAUCUUCUAAGAUUGAAUUAGUUGGCAUUGCAGAUGAUAACUGUUGGGAUGCUAUAAAACAAGUCCCAAACUUGGAUAAUCGUACUCGUUACAAGGCGCUUGACUGGCUCAAUACUAGAGCAAAGAAGGUGGCUUUCUUGAAAAUGACAAUUGAAGAGCGUUUGGAGUGGAUAGAUUUUAAAAUGAGUGAAUGA